AUGCCAAUCGAAAGGGAAGAAGGUAAUGACUUAACUGAGUUCAUGGGGCCACAACAGAGCAACAUGGAAGGAGUAACCUAUGAAGAAGUAAGUCAGGAAAAUGGAACUGAGGAUGCCACAGAAGGUGAAAAUCCAAAAGAUGAUGAAUAUGACAAUGUCCCACAUGUGAAAGGAAAACCAAUGUUUGUUAGAAUAUCGAGGAACUAA